UAAGGAGAAGGAGACGAGUGUUCAACAUGAGAAGUUCCAUGAUGCUCCUGGUGCUGCAGCUUCAAGUGUUACCACUGCAUCUUCCUCACCAAAUCAGGAAAGUUUGAACAUUUUUCAUUCUAUUGUCAAAGGUUCAUUUCAUCAAGGUCAUAAGCGUUUUGGGUGCAACCGAUUUAAACAGUGUGCACCAAACAGCAUUACAGCCAUCAUGACAAACACUGUCAAAAUGGCUUCCACAUGGUCAAGAAAAGACAUUAACAAUAUCUUGAUAAGUGGUGAUAGUUUAUACACUUACAUGAAAGAGCAAAACAUGAUCAGUGAUGCAGAAGGCAGUGGUUAUGUUUUUGUUCAAGAAUUACCCACAGAGCACACAUUCCAUCACCACAAGUUUUCUUUGGAAUACAUGCAGACCUUCACAGGACAUCUUCAUCAGCAGAUUUACCAUGAAGAUGUUUCAGAUUUUGCCAUGCCUUUGGACGUUGCAUUACAGAGAGCUAUAUUUGACAAUGACGGCUGUCUGUUUACAAUUAGUAGAAACACAUGUGCAGUUUUGAAAGAACAAUCUCAGUUUUCUGUUUUUGAUCCACAUUCACGUGGUCAUGAUGGUCUCUGGCAGUUGAAUGGCACAAGCAUAGUAGCACACUUUGAUACUUUAGACCAAGUUUAUACACAUUUAAUCAAUCUCUCUCACUCUUUGUGUGCUGACAAUGCAAAUGAAGAGGACACAGCUUUUGAAAUGACCGGUGUUAAGGUGACAGCUCAAUCUAUGAGUAAACCUAUCCAAAGGAAAACUGCUUCUUGCCAACAUGAUGUAGAGUUAAUCAGUGGAAAUGAUGACAGUUUUGAUGACGAUACAUUUGAUCAGUUAGUAGUUGAAGAGAUUGAAGAUGUGGCAGUUAGUGACACAUCUGAGUCUCUUUCUGAAUCUCCAUCUCGUUGUGAGCUCCUCCAUACGCAAAAUAGUUCUUUUCAAGAUGAAGCAGAGUCAAUAUGUACUAGUUUUGAUGAUGAUAGUUUUGAUAAAGUAGUACUUCAGGAAAUAGAAGAUAUUGCAGUUAAUGACACCACUUCCCUUGAUGUAGACUCAGUAACUGAAAAUCAUCACACUUCUUUGGAUCAAGCAAUAAUUGAAGAAGUGCCACAAAAUGAUACAUCUGUUUUAAUAAUUUCAGAAAAUAUCAACAGCACUGUUACUUUCAAUCCUCUGACCUCUAAAGACAAAAGAAAUUUUUGCACCCAACUACAGAUAGUUCCAAGUUUAGAAAGGGUGAAAAGUCUUUGGGAAAGUAUUACAUUAGAUGAACCGUUACCUUGUACCACUAUACACAUCCAGCCAGACGGCAACUGCUUUUUCCGUGCUCUUGCAUUUGUAAUUACUGGGAAUGAAGAGUUGCAUAUGUGGAUUCGCAGGGCUGUUGUUAAUCAUAUUCUUCAAAAUUCUGACCUCUAUUCAAGUUACAUCAGACAGGAAUUUGAAUCAGUACAGCAGUAUGUUACACAAACAGGCAUAAAGAAAGUUGGAUCCUGGGCUACAGAGAUUGAGAUACAAGCAGCUGCAGACUUUUUUCACACCCAUAUUUACACUUACACUCAAGGAAAAUGGUUACAAUAUGGCUCUUCUAGUACUUUAGACAACACCAAGGGUAUUUAUCUGAAACACUGUAAUGAAUGUCAUUAUGAGCCAAUCGCAUGUGUGAAAGAUAAAACGAACACAUGUUUUAACCUGAUCUCAUGUAAUUAUAGUCACUUUAAAGGUGAGAAGGACAUACUAUCUCCAUCUAAGAUAAGCAGAGAGAACAGGAGAAAGAGAACUCUGUAUAAUGAAGACAUUGAGAUAAGGGAAAGCAAAAAAAUGAUGUUACAGAAAUUAUAUAAAGACAAUCCUAAGUACAGAUUACAGAAGAAGCAAUUAAGUGUCAUUACAUAUAGAAAUAAGCCAGACCUGAGAGCAAGACUCAAACUUGCUAAUAAACAAAACUACUACAAAAAGCCGGAACUGAGAGCAAGACUCAGACAAGACAGUAAAGAAAACUAUAAAAACAAACCUGAAGUGAGAGCAAGACUCAAACUUGCCAGCAAAACCACUUAUGCAACCAAAAGUAAACACUCUAAGCUUCAGUUAUUGAAACAGAACGUAGAAAGAUAUAGAAAUAAGGUUGACCACCGUAACCGCAUCAAACAGUCUAAUUCUGAACGGUAUAGAAAUGUAACUGCUUAUGCCGAUUCUAUUAAAGAGCACGGAAAACGUAGACGACAAAAUCUCAUGACUGGAAAAAAGUCCAUAGACAAUGUCAUUCAGCUUUUUAGAGAAAAGGUUAAAUUUGGCCCUCAAUUCGUCUGUUGUGUUUGUCAUCGAUUACUUUUUAAACAUCAAGUUGUUGGAUGUAAAACACAGCAGUAUGAAAUUAGAGGUUCAUUCAUUUCAUCUGUGGCAAAAAAAUGCAUCACUGACACUUAUUUACACAAGUGUGGACAGUCUUCAGUUUCCAAAUGCCAUCUAGAGGUUAGCCCUGCAUGUAAAUUGUGGGUCUGUUUUACUUGUCAUCGUAAAAUGCUCAAUGGAAAAGUCCCUGAAGAAAGUGUUGCAAACAAUAUGCACCUAGAUUCUAUUCCUGUAGAACUUAGUACGUUGAAUCCUCUUGAGCAACAUCUAGUGGCACAGCACAUUCCGUUUAUGAAACUUUUAGCCUUACCAAAGGGAGGCCAAAAUGGUGUCCAUGGACCUGUGACUUGUGUUCCAUCUAAUACAGAAACUGUGAGUAACAUUCUACCCAGAUUAGAUGAUCAGAAUCUAAUGAUUAAAGUGAAACUGAAGCGAAAGCUGACAUACAAGGGUCACUAUGACUAUCAGUAUGUCAACGCUCUGAAAGUACAUAAUGCAAUUGCAUACCUUAAAUCUCACAAUACUUUUUACAAAGAUGUACAAUUUAACAGUGCAUGGACAAAUCCCCUAGAAAAAGAGUCUGAAAACUCUACCUCUGAAACUGACAACGUCACUUUGGAAGAAGACAGCAAUAGAGCUGAAAUAGAGUGUGAACAUCCUGGCAAAGGAGAUGGCAGUGGCACAGAGGUAGAGUCUGAAGAUCUUGUUAGCGAUGAUCAUUUUAAUGAUAGACAACAGCAUGGGAUGUUUUUGGACACAUGUAUGCAACCAGUAGACAUUGCCCAAGAAAUACUAGACAACCAUUUUGACAGUGUUUUAUCAGUAGCACCAGCUGAGGGAAAUACUCCAGUCAGAUUGCUUACCGAUACUUCUAAUGAGGCUAAAUGCUUUCCAGUUCUGUUUCCCAAUGGAACAGGUACAUUUCAUGAUGCAAGAGAGCAAAGGAUUACACUCAGCAAAUAUUUAAACACCCGAAUUCUCAAUGCUGAUGGCAGAUUUGGCAAGAACUUGGAUUAUAUCUUUUAUGCACAAUAUUUGUCAGAAGUUAAUCAAGUUGUGUCAAAUGUUUCCAUUGCACUGAGAAAGGGCUACCAUGGCUUAGACAACACCAACAUUACAUCAUCCAUGCUGGGCAAUACAGACUUUUUGAAGAAUGUUUUAAAUGCUGACAUGGGCUAUAAGUUUUUGAAGCCCAUUAGAGGUACACCAGUAUUUUGGCAGGGAGUUCAAAAAGAUCUGUUUGCUUACGUUAGACAACUUGGCAUUCCUACAUGGUUUGCUUCCUUUUCUUCAGCAGAUUUAAGAUGGCCAGAAUUUAUGGAAGCUUUUAUGGCUAUAGAAAACAUUCAAGGCAAUAUUCAUGACAUGGACUGGGCACAGAAAUGUGACUUAUUGAAAAACAAUCCAGUGACAGCAGCCAGAAUGUUUGACUAUAGAUUUAGAUCUUUUUUAAAAGAUGUUAUCAUGUCUCCCGCUCAGCCAAUUGGUAAAAUCAUUGAUUAUUUUUAUAGAGUAGAGUUUCAGCAACGUGGAUCAUGUCACACUCAUUGUCUAUUUUGGACCGACGGGCCUAAAAUAGGAGUCAACACAGACGCUGAAGUCAUAGCUUUUGUAGAUAAAUAUGUUACAUGCGACCUCCCACCUGACAGUGACCCUCUCCAUGAAGUGGUACAUAGUGUUCAAAUGCAUAGCAAAAAACACUCUAAAAGUUGCAGAAAAAAUCACACAACUUGCAGGUUUCACUUUCCCCGACCACCAAGCAACAAUACAUUCAUAUGUAAACAGGAAACAGAUGUUGAUAAUAAGGAAAACCCAUCUGACAAAACAUCUUCAGAUUUAAAAAAGGCAGCCAAGCAUAUCAUGACCAAAGUUAAAGAAGCUUUGACCAGUGAAAACAACACAUUUAGUAGCAUAGAUGACUUGUUUAAUUCCAUUGGUAUUGACCAGACUACAUUUGAAACAGUUUACAAAUUGACCUCUACAAAAACAACUGUCGUCCAUAAACGAAACAUAAACGACAUCUGGGUUAACCAGUAUAACACAGACCUGCUACGUUGCUGGAAUGCAAACAUGGACAUCCAGUUUGUCUGUGAUGCAUAUGCAUGCAUUGUUUAUAUCAUUUCCUACAUAUCCAAAGCAGAAAGAGAAAUGGGUUUGCUAUUAAAACAUGCACAAAAUGAAAUCAAACAUAAUGAAAACCUGGAUGCAAAACAAGCGCUUAACAAAUUAGGGAAUGUGUUUCUGCAUAACAGAGAAGUUUCUGCUCAAGAAAGUGUGUAUCGGGUAACAAACAUGAGAUUAAAAGAGGGCUCUAGAAAAGUCACAUUUGUUCCAACAGGUGACAACAUUGUCAGAAUGAGCUUACCUCUUAAUGUCAUUCAAAACAGUGCUAAUGGUAAUCAGAUCUGGAUGACAAACAUUACUGAUCGAUACAAAAGCAGGCCUAAGUCCAGUGAAUUUAUGGACAUGUGCAUAGCUACUUUUGCCUCAGAAUACAGAAAUGUACCAAACAGUGAGAAAUCUAGACCAGAAGUGGUUAGUUUAUUAAACAACAAUGGUUGUGUAAGGAAGCGGACAAGGACAAAUGUAGGUGUUGUUAGAUAUGCUCGUUUUUCUAAAGAACAAGAUCCUGAGAAACACUAUCAAAGCCAGCUUCAGUUGUUCCUUCCUUAUUACACGGAAAACCAGUUAAAACCAACACAAUUUACAACAUUUCAAGAGUUUUAUGAGACCGGCUCAAUCACAAACAGUAGUAAAAACAUCCAGUCUGUCAAAGACGUAGUAGAAUUCAACAGAUCCAAGUUUGAAAUCAAAGCAGAAGAUUUACAAAACAUACAGGAAGAUAUUGAACACUUUGGAUUUCAAGAAGAUGUUUGGGCAGAGCUGUGUCCUGAGGCAGAACUAGACCGAUUGGAAUGUUUGGAAGACAGAUCUUUAGAUAACAAUCCAAAUCCUGGUGAACAAGAAGUUAUUCCAGAUCUAGAGCCAAUCACAAAACCAGCUUUAUCAUUUCACAUUCAAAAACAGAUAGUCUCACACAAGGAAGCACAAUCCUUAAUGCGUUCUCUAAAUCAGCAGCAGAGCAACGUGUUUUAUAAAAUCCGGCAGUGGUGCUUAGAUAAAGUAAACGGUCACAAUCCAAGCCCUUUUUAUGUUUUCAUUUCAGGUGGAGCGGGAACAGGCAAGUCCCAUUUGGUAAAAGCUGUGUCCUAUGAAACAACCAGAAUACUAUCCAGAUUAUCUAAUUAUCCUGAUGAUAUUCAUGUUUUACUGACUGCCCCCACUGGAGUGGCUGCAUUAAAUAUCAAUGCCACAACAAUACAUAAUAGCUUUGCAAUUGGCAACAAUAUUUCAUUACCAUACCAGCCUUUAAGAGAGGAAAAAAUAAACACAUUAAGAGCAACCCUGAAACAUUUACAGAUCUUGAUAAUAGAUGAAAUCUCAAUGGUUGAUAACAAGCUUUUAACAUAUAUCCAUGGUAGACUGCGUCAGAUCAAACAGUGUUCAGACUUUUCUUCAUUUGGUAAUGUCUCCGUCAUAGCUGUUGGUGAUUUUUAUCAGUUGCCACCUGUCAAAGGGACUCCACUCUACAAGGACCCCAUUGGUUCCAAUUUGUGGCAAAACAGUUUCAGUCAUGUAGAACUCACAGACAUAGUACGACAGAAAAACAAAGACUUUGCUGUAACACUUAACCGUUUAAGAAAACACAAAAAAGACCAACCACUUCACCCACAAGACGAAGCUCUUCUCAAACGAUGUGAAACAGGCAUGGCUGAAGACACUGAAAUUCUGCAUCUUUUUGCAACAAACAGUGAUGUUGAUAAUCAUAACUUCAACAUGUUGCAUAAACAAUGUACAGACAUUGUACAAAUCAAAGCCCAAGAUUUCCAUAAAAACCCUCAGACUGGCCGUACCACUAGAAUACCCUCAACACUUGAUUUUGGCAAGAAAACCUAUUUAGAUAAAUUACUAAGCGUUGCUCCUAAAGCUCGUGUAAUGCUCAUUAAAAACAUCGAUGUUUCUGAUGGACUUGUUAAUGGUGUGUUUGGUACUGUUUGUCGCAUCCAAUUUCUAAGUAACAAUAGCUUCCCACACAUCAUUUAUGUUAACUUUGAUAACCCAAGUAUAGGCCAACAACUACGACACAAGUUUCCAACUUCAGACACCGAGCUGACUAAUGCCACACCAAUUAGUCCCGAUGAAGAUAAACUUGAAAAGGGGGUUAGACGUCAAUUUCCACUGCGGCUGGCUUGGUCUUGCACCAUACAUAAAGUCCAAGGCCUAACACUACAGAAAGCAGUAGUCUCUUUUAAAAGGAUUUUUUCUGCUGGACAAGCAUAUGUAGCUUUAAGUCGUGUUACAUCACUAGAACACCUCACUAUCCAAGAUUUUAAGGCUAAAGCAAUCUAUGCAAGAAGUGAUGUGGAAGAAAACUUGAAAUUAAUGCCAAACUUUAUCGACACACCAGUUUCAAUGCCAAACUGCACUUUUAAAGUCUGUCUUCAUAAUGUGCAAGGUCUCAAGAAUCACAUACAGGAUGUCAAGAGCAACCAAAAACUACUCACAGCCGAUAUAAUUUGUCUGACAGAAACUUGGUUAAAAGAAACACAUCCCCCUGAAAGCAUUUCACUGCCAGGUUGGACUUUUCACCACAAAACAAGAUCUGACUCAUACGAUGAAACUGGACUAUUUUCUACAUUCAGAAGCAAAAAUGGUGGUGGUGUUGGUUUCUAUCACAAAAACAGCAUUAUGUGUAAAAGUAUGGCUUUCAAUUGCAACAACCUGGAAGCUUUGCUUUUUAGCACACAGACUUUAAACCAUCAUUAUAUGCUGUUGUACAAACCACCAUCAUAUAACCUUCAGAAAUUCAAAGACAAUCUAAGACCUGUACUGCAUUAUUUCAAUGAAUUUCCAGGAACCAAAAUAGUCAUGGGUGACAUGAAUGAUGAUGCACUGGUUUCUAAUUCAUUUGUCAGCUUCAUGAAAUUGCAAGGAUACACUCAAAUAGUAACAAGUCCAACAACUGAAAAUAAUACUCUAAUUGAUCAUGUUUACAUCAAAGACAUUGAUCCCAAAACCAUACAUGUAGAAGUUAUUCCCACCUAUUACAGUUACCAUGAAUGUAUUCAAAUAUCAUUCUUGACAGAAACAGACACAGACAUACAGUUACAGGAACUGGGGACAGACAGACAGGGACUCCAGGACAAAUAGCCUCAAAGGGAAAGACAGACAAUCACAGAUAGAUGGACGGGUGGACACCAGAGCUGACCAUAAAUUACACAUAGAGGUCCGUUUAAUCAUCUAAACUUAUUUGGACUCUUAUACCAUACCAUACCAUACCAUACCUCACCAUACCUUACUGUUUAAUGUAUAUUUAGCAUGUGAAAUACACUUUUUAUCCAUAAAAAAGUGUAUGACAGUAUCACACUUACUUGUGGUUUUGAUAAUGGACACUUGAAAUGUUACUUUGUGUUGUGCCAUUACUGUUUCAAUAUAUAAAAAUGUAUCCAUUUAGAUAUUCACAAUUUCACUUAUUCUAGUACUAUUUUUAUUUUCCUUUGUUAAAGAUUUCAUUUUACAGCACUCUUCUUUUUUUCAAUCUCCACUAGGAACAAUCACCCACCAGAUGAAGUUCCUGAAACAACACAACCGAAAUCUGCAGAAUCAGCAACCAUCAUGUGACCACGCCGCCCGCCUGUCGUCCUGUUUGCUUCCCAGCCUGCCUUACUACCAGCCUCUAGACCUGCAUCAUAUCCUGCCUCACUGUCUGCCUCGCAACCUGUUUCCUCAUCCCGUCCUGGAUCCUCAUUCUCUGCUGCUUGUCUGUCCCCACCUGGCCCCAAAGCCCCAGCCCUGCCUCACCAAGACCGAUCAUCUCCAAUCUCGAUCCCUCCUAUUCCAAUUUGGAGCACCGUUUUCAGUUUCACAUUGUUCUUAAUAAAUAUUAUUUGUUAUUCACUUGCCAUCGUUUCCAUCUGUGAUUUUUUCAUGUCCUGGGUAAAACAUUCCCAAUAUGACACUUUGCCUCAGAAUGCCCUUCUGCCACUUUGCUAUACAUUGUGUAACACAUCAUUUGUACAUUUACAUAUGUAGAUAACAAUAAAGUGUUUUCUGUA